CGAAGAUAAAAGUUGUGCAUUAGAACAGUGUUAAUCAUUCUCGCUAAAUCAGUUGGUUGGCCGAAGGUUGUUUUAGCAGAGCAGUGAGUGAAAAAAAUUUUUUGAAGAAGAGGACAGGGGAAAAUAGCAAUGAAAUUUCAAGUCUUGUUCUGCGCGUUUGCAUUCAUCCAACUGGCUAGUGGUAAGUAACCGUACUACAUGAAUAAGUAGAGAGUUUGAGCAGACAACGAAGUACGAAGACGAAGGCAUACUUGACAAUUUUUGCCGUAUGUACAUUAUCUUGCGCAUACUGAGUUGGACGUCACUGGUGGUUGCAUAACGUAUCUUCCCAUGUGUCGCUGUUUAUGAAUACUGACCAUAAAUCUUGCCCUGAUCCAGAAAAAACAGCGAGACAUGAAAUCUUGGAUCCUGGUUUGAUAACAUUUUGAGUAUGAAAACGGCAAUUAAUAAGACCUGUCAAUCUGUGAUUUAUCACUUACAUAAUGUCAGGCGAAUAAAGAGAUUUUUAUGCUUUGAAGACAGAAAGACGAUUGUUCAGGCCAUGGUCAUGUCAAGAAUAGACUACUAUAAUAGCUUACUAUUCGGUGUUUCGUCCACGCAUCUUAUGAAGCUUCAACGAGUGCAGAAUGCUGCAGCCCGCUUGGUGUGCUCAGUUCCAAAACAUGAACAUAUCACACCGUCGUUAAUCAGAUUACACUGGCUACCAGUUAAAUUUAGAAUAAAUUUUAAAAUUGCAAUGCUCACAUUCAAAUGUAUAAACAAAACUGCUCCCGAAUAUCUAAGCAGUUUAGUGACCAUCAAGAAGACACCUCGUUACAACCUUAGAUCAAAUACAGGAAAGUUACUAUACAAGAUAACACUGCUCGGUCGAAAAAGACAUUAGGAGACAGGGCAUUUUCUAAUGCCUCAGCAACAGUAUGGAACAGUCUUCCUGUUUUUAUAAGAAGUCAGGAAAAUUUUAGUACUUUUAAGUCACUUCUCAAAACACACUAUUUCAGGGAAGCUUUUAAUGUAUAAAUAAACUUUAGAACUUGAGCGGUAACUGUUUUUGUAAAUAUUCUAAAUUUUAUUUAUUUAUAUUUUUAAAUCUAUAGCUAGUUUAAGUAGUUUGUAAAGCGCAUUUGAUCAUACCAAUUGCAUGUUAAUUUGCGCUAUAUAAGUAGUAAAUUAUUAUUAUUAUUCUUUGUCCUUCUGCCUUCGUGCAGAACGAGUUUCACAACGUAAUUUGCCAAAGUAUUCGUUGUAAACGAAGGCAGAAGACGAAGACGGGAUAUGGAUUCAUGUCUCGCUGUUUUAUCCUGAUCGGGGUAAGGAUUUGGGUCAGCAUUCACAAACAGCUAGACAUAAAUCUCUAAUCUGUCUUCACUCCUGACCCUAAACUCAGAAUGUGCAAGGUAAUGUGCAAGACAGGCAAAAAUUGUCAACCACGUCGUCGUCGUCCGACUUCGUUGUCUUGCUCAAACUCUCUAUUAGAGACCUUACGAUUUUAGGACGGCCACGCGACGGCAACGGCUACCAAUACAAUACAUCAUUGAAACGAAUUGAGUAAUUACAAUAUAUGAAUAACUUAGACAUUGUCCUCGCUCUGUUUACAACGCCAAAUCACAGAUUUUUACGUCGUGAUACAACGGCUGCAUUCCAAGCCGCAACAAGUGUAACUUCAAACUGGGUUUAGCAGAACUCUUCCCAACCAUAAAACCCAUGUCUUCGGCAACUUCUAAAACUGUAUUAAAUUCAUAUACGAUUGAUAAUAUACCACGAACUAUCUUUACUACCAUUUAUCGAAGGAGUUUGUUUUGGCAGUCGCCGUCCUAAAAUCGUAAUGUCUCUAUUAGUAGAAAUAAUUUAUUCGAGUAGUCGCAAUUCAAAAGAAACAGGCGAAAUAUUUCGCAUUUCGCUGACAAAAAGCGCUCGUGGAAUCAGGGCUUUAAGACCGCCAGUUAUGCACUCAGGCUAGGUGUAGCAAAAUAUAUUUCCUCGAUCCGCCAGUUGCAGGAUUUCUCUGCUUUUAACAAGAGAACAUUUUUCCAUUCUGUCGUUUUGCUAUAAUCGGGAAGUCCAAAAAGCCUCGAUCUGGAGAGAGAUGUGCCAGUGGAUUAAAUAGAUCACGCCAAAAACCUAUAUAGCGCGUGGACAUGCAACCAGAGCCGCACGUCGGGCAACCUCGUUCUCAGAGGGAAGGGCCUGGGAACGAGGUUGCACGUCGGGCACGAACAAAACGAUCCUAAUGGAACUGACUGAUGCAGCCUUAAAAUUAACAACCAUUUCCUCGUGCGCGUAGACAGCCAGUGGACUGGGCGAACUUGUAAAGUCAAAACGAGGGAACCUCGACUAAAUUUUCUAAAUUUCAAAGUACCUUUAACUGUUUUUCGUACUUUUUGUACACGCGUGCAUAUUAUUUUACAUGUCGUUUCUUCUCUCCAGGGCUCGACUUUGAAGUUACGGAUCCCGAUAAGGAAGACGGACCAGAUACUCCUGCGGUACAACGGAUUCCGGACAAUUUUGAUCUCGCGGAUAAGGAAUUUGAUAUAGUUAACUAUCAUUUGAUCACGAAACGGAAUGAACUGAAACGAAACUGUAAGCGCAAUCACUCUAAUGUUGUAGAAAGCAUCACUAAGGAACAGCUGGAAAAAAUGUGGACUUCAGGUGCGAUAGGAAUUCACAGCCCGCGAGCUUUACUAAGGCUUAUGUGGUGGUUAAAUACGAUCCAUCACGGUAUACGCGGUAGAGUGGCACAUCAUGAUCUUAAUAUCGAGGACUUUCAAAUCUCGCGCUCAAUGGAAGGCAAGCUGUGUAUUGAACACAUAAAAAACACGGCGAAACGAAAGCUUUCAGUCGAAAAUGAUAACGACUACACGCGCAACAAGGGAAAAUGCAGGGCGGGAAUGAUCGCAACCGACGGAAGCGAACGAGACCCCGUUCGAGCUUUUAAAGUCUACUUGAAACAUCGUCCGCCAGGAAUCUCGUCGUUCUACCUCACACCAAAGCAUAAACCGAAAGGCGACAUCUGGUUUAACAAAGUGCCGAUGGGAAAGAAUAGCAUCGGACGAAUAAUGCGAGAGAUCAAGGCAGUCGCUGGGAUCAACUGAACAUUAAAAACACUCGGUCGAAAAAUAGACAAAGAAACCGUUUGUUUCUAUACUCUCUGGCUAAAAGCUGCAUAAAACUCUUUAGGGAUAGUUCAAAAAUAGACUUAAAUAGCCAAGCAUUUACUCCUAAACGAGUUGAACUCUUUAAAGACAUUUUCUAUAUAGGCAAAAGGUCUGAACCACAAGUUUUGAUCAUUAUUUUCCCAUCAAUAAUUGUGGUAUAAUAACUUAUAAUGGGGCCUUGGGGGUAUUGCAAAUCAUAUAUAUUGAAAAUAGAAUACUUUAGUUAAUGAAUUCACAUAUGUGUUAUACUGUAUAAUUAUCGAUAUUAAUUGAUCAAAUUAAAACAAUAAACUUAUCUUAGCA